AUGCCUCCCAAAGCCCACAACUCAAACUCUGAAUCUGAAUCCCGCACACGAAGCAACGCUGCUGGUAACUCGAACCAGGGUACUGCGUCUGGAAAUGCAAGAAAUGCAGGCAAACAAAGACUGACGACUGCACAACAGCAGUACUUGAAAGACCUGAUACGCACACAUGUACAGAAUAACCAUCCCAGCAAUUUUCCUAAGUCAGAUCCACUAGAUUUCGAAGACUAUUCCGAUGAUUUCUUACGCCGUUAUAAGGACCAUUUCCAACUUCCGCUUGAAGACAACUUGUCGCUUCGAGGUUAUCUACUGGGGUCUAAGCUCGGGCAAAAGACGUAUUCCUAUAAGAGAAACGAAAAAGGAGUACCCGAUGCUCGAGUUACCAAGAAAAAGCUAGCCUCUGAGGUCAAAAAACACUUCAACUCCUACAAUGUCAAAGAAACUGAGUGCAUCCCAGCUUUUAUUUACAAGGUCAAAAACCAAAAACGAAGGUUCAAAAUGGAAUUCAAGGAGUAA